AUGGCCUCUCGAUUCUCUUCCAUCACUCUCUUGGCCUCCUCAGUCCUGCUCCUCGCAAUUUUCGCGGCUCCCACUGCUGCUUUUGGGGCUGGCAACAUCGCCUCGAUUGCUCGCAUCGAGGGUCAAAACUGGCGCCAUGGCGAUAUCGAGGAUACACUUCUCAACAUCCUGAUGUCAAGAGCUGCAGGCGGGAAGAAAUUUGGAAAGCUUGAUGUAAAACGCGUCUAUUUUGGCAACUGGCUUCGUGACUAUUCCCAGGCAGUAGACGUCGGUACGGUGAAAUACGUUUCGGCUGAAGCUAUUCGGAUCAUUCUUUGGGUCCUUGGCUUCAUGAGCUUUGGUUAUGGGACGAAAGAAUUCGAAGUGACCAUGGAUCGUCUGGGAUGCUAUCGACCGGAAGAGCACAUUGAUAAUCCAAAAGACUACGCAGAUAACAUAGAUGCCCGCCAAUAUGAUAGGCGCCUUCGUGGACCUGUCGAUGAGCGUCGUGAGCUCUCAGUCAAUCCUCAGACCGGACUCAAAAAUUAUAUUGCUACAGAAGGUAUGGGUAUCACAACAUCAGCAGAACUUGUUCGCAAUCUGUUUGGAAAAAGCAUCGAUCUCGGAAGACGGUAUGCAAGGAGUGGCAAUAAAGCUGAGCUGCACGAAGCUUUACGCCUGUUGGGUACUGGUUGUCACUGCCUAGAAGAUUUCUCGGCACACUCCAAUUACACUGAGUUGGCCUUGCUCGAGCUCGGUGAGCGGGACGUGUUUCCCCACGUAGGUAGAAGGACUACGAUGGAUAUUCAAGGCGCUCGCUAUCCCAUUUUCCCCAUCAUUACUGGCACCUUCGGCGGAGUUGAUUUCCUGCAUUCAGUGAUGGGCGAAUUUUCUGACAAGGCGACCCAGUCGGAGAUUCAAGAACUUGAAGGUACGAUGGCGAACAACCAGCAGAACAACUCGAGUAUCCUACAAGAUCUACUCAAUCAAGUACCAAGCGGCCUGUUUGGAGACAAGGACCAAGCUGGCAAGGCAAAUGAACUCCAAACAAAUGCUACAGCCGCACAAAUGCAACAGACCCACAUCUCCCCACGUCAACCAGAGGCUUGGACUCGACAAUUACAUGAGACUCAGCGUCAGAUCUAUCCAAUCCUUGAAUGGCAUGAUGAGAUGAUGCAGUCGAUCACUGAGGCCAUAGAGAAAAUCCCAGUACUGCCCCAGCUGCUAGAGAAUCUUCAAGAGCAGCUCAACAUCUUCGUCUUUUCUUUACUAGCACCAUUUGUCCUGCCCAUCGUCAAUCAGGUGAAGACUGAGCUGAAUACUGGCUCCUCCGAAAUCAUACAGAGCAGCAAGGAUAAACAAUUAAUUGUCUUCCGUGAUGAUAACUCCAGCGAUCCCACCCAUUCAAUGUUGUCCAAAGAUCAUUUCUCGAAUGUGUUGAAUGAGCCUGCAGGCAAAAUAGCUAGUCAAGUCCUCAAGUGGGUCGUGCCUCAGCUCAUUGCGUGCUGGGACGAUGAGCGUAUUGACAUUGGACGAACCCUCAAUCGCGUUAUUUAUGGCACUUUCCACCAUCCAGCCCUCCGUGACUACGGAGACGAUGGCGCUGUAGAUGGUCGUCGCGGGAUGUUCUCUGUGGUCGAACAAUGGUGGCGCGACCAGAGCGAGCAAGAGCGCCAAGUCCUUCGUGAUCAACUUAGUCGCGAUGGGGUUGAGCAGGGUCGUAAUCACAAACCUGGUGUAAUUGACUCAGGGCAUGGAUGUGGUAAGCCUUUGGGUAUGCCAAACCUAAAAACAGCGCAAAGCUCAGGUGCUGUUGGCGGACUUGCUGGAGCCGGAGUACUUGGAGAGAUAAGCGACGCCCUGACCGGGCAAUCCAAAUAUGACGGCGGCUUUACAGGCGGUGGCGGAGGCAGCUCCUCUGGUGGAGUCGGCAAAUUCGUUGGGGAAGCCGCUGGCGGAGGAGCGAUUGGUGGCAUCGUUGGUGGUAUUGCAGGUGCUGUAGGAGGCGAUCUUCUAGGAGAGGCCUUUGGCGGCUCUGAGACGAAGAAAAAGACUCAUCAAAGCUCUCAAUAUGAGUCCGACGGCUCUUACACUCAGAAUGUCACACAAACAGGGUACACUGCGCCUCAGAGUGGUCACCAGCGCUACGGGUCUGCAGAAUACAGCCAAACAAAUUUCGUGGAAGGUGGUGGCCGUGAAUCCUACCAGCGUUAUGAGCAAGACGACUAUGGUCGUGGAAGUGGGUUUGGCCAAUCCGUCGUUCAAGAGACUCGGCCAACGUAUGGGGGCGGAUAUGAGCAGACGACUGAACAACGCUAUGAACGCCCGGGGGUGAGUGGCAAUCGGAAGUUCGAGUCGAAGGACGUGAAACUAGCUCGAGAUGAUUCUGAUUCAGACGCGGACGACUUGUACAAGCUAAAGAAAAAGCAUCAUAAGAAUCACGACUCUGAUGAUAGUGAUUAUGAGAGACAACGGCAGAGGUUUACGCAGCAGGAGUUUGAAGGGGAAUCUGGAGGUCACGGUGGUGGUGGUGGCUAUGGAGGAGGAUACGAAUCCAGACAGCAGGAAGGGUACGGUGGUGCGUACGAAUCCCGGCAAGAACAAAGUUAUGGCGGUGGAGGUUACGAGUCGAGACAGCAGGAAGGAUAUGGCUCUGGAGGAAAUGAGACCUCGUCUGGAUACGGUGGUGAAGGGUACGGAGGAGGUCGUGAAGAUGAAGAUGAAGGCCGCGGAGGAGGAGGCGGUGGUUUCUUCGGUGGUGAUGGUGGAAGCAGAGAUGAUGAAGACGAAGGGCGUGGAGGGGGAGGUAGCGGAUUCUUUGGGGGUGGGAAUGAGAGUCGAGAUGACGAGAACGAAGGUUACGGUCAACAGAGUUACGACAAUCGCUAUUAG